CAUGCUUAUAAGGCUUCUCUACGCAAGCGAAGCCAAUAGGCACCGCUCUUAUACUUCCAGCCUGUGACGGUGGGUACUACAUACUACGCGUAUGUUCCCCUAGCAUAUAUUAUUAUCCAUCACCGCACCCUGAGCUAGCUAGGGGUGAUGGGUGCUCUGGAUAUUUGCACGACUGAUAGUUGAUUCGUUCGUUGAUCGUCCCAUCGUCUCAUCAUGACCAUGACCAUGACCCCCAUAGCGGAUCAUCUCUGGGGAAGACUCCCUCUGGAGCUGAUAGAGCGGAUCUUAGACCUUUUGGUGGACGAAUAUGACCAGGACCCUGCAUACCAAUGGACCACGUUGCGGCACACGGCGAGACGACAGAUGCGCCGCAUCGAACGCCAUUUUCUACGUCAUUGGGUGCCCAAGUUGACUAUCACACUAUACUCGGGUCCGCGGUGUCAGAUCGACUAUAGAUUAUCUAACUAUUCCGGCAACGAUAAUCUCGGAAUCCGUCGGGUUCGAUUCCAGACGUUGGGACCUGGUCUGGCGAAUUCGUUGAACAAAGAGGGGAUCCGGACAUUAUGGGACCAGUACAGCUUCGAGAACCGAGUAGCCCACUUGAGAUUAGGCGAGGGUAUCCUGAACAAUGGCAUGACAGGUGGUUACAUUGUCAAUGAUACCGAUAUCGUCGAUCUAGAAGUGGAAAAUGAUGGGCUAUCUAUCGCAUUCGAUUGGCGACGCACCUUAGAUGCACUACUUCGGGAGGAAGUGAUGAUGCAGAAACUCCAGACGGAGAUGGCUAUAGAUAGAAAGAAAAAGCUGGCAGGGGAACGCCGGUGGCCACCAUUCCCCAGGAUUCAAAGACUAGCUCUCGUCAAAGCUUUUGUGCUAGAUAUUCAAAUGGCCAAAAGGGUUGCGAUGCAACAACAUCGCUUGAAACGCCAUGACCCGUCAGGCGAGACCAAGCUAGGAAGUCUAACUCAUGAGUCGCGACAUCUACACAAACAAGAUCUUCCCCCGCACCCGCCAGCAUCAGAACCAGGCAGGGCAUGUUGCAUAAUCUGCUCUCGUCGUACAGGACCGUCCAUAUUCGAAGUCGUUGCCUGCGAGGAGAGUGUGGUGUUAAGCUUGGAUGGAUGGCAGCAACUUGAAAAAGAAGAGUUGCUUGACUUGUAUGCCGAAGCGUAUGGCUGGAACUGUUAUCGGUGUCUGGGCCAGGAGAAUAACGUCUCGUGGCAACAGACCAGCAAGAAUGACUGGCUUACGGUAUGCAGUAGCAGCGCCGAGAAAUUACACACUAUACGCAGGUGGAAUCCCUGGUUCUGAGCACGACUGGAUGUUAGUAAGCUGCUAAUUUGGAACCCUUCUCACUUUCCUACGUAAGGCAAUGUAUCAGAUGAAAUUGGAAGCGGUCAUUUCGUGGAUACCGGAACUCACCUAGCUAAAGAGGGCAAGUCUGUCUAUAUCUUAUGAGUUUAAAUGAUUCAGGGCGAGAACAUUGUUAUCUUACUGUAUAGUAAUUUGGUAAGCAUAUUAGGACUAGUUUG